AUGUCUAUGAAGUUUAUGCAAAAAGCUCGAGGGAUAGAUCCUAGGCAAGCAGAAGAGGAAUUGUCUAAGCCUGUUGUGACGGACGAGCAUUGGUCAUUGAAGGAAGCUUCUAAUGUUCCUUCCAACAGGAGUGCCUGCAAGUUCGAGUAUGAGUCCAGCUAUGGAAGUUUGAUAUCGGCUGCUGAGGAUAAUGGUGAAACGCAAGGUACAGUUGAGCCUGUCGUUGCUGGAAGAGCUAGCUUUGGAUUGUUUAAUAAAGAGUUGGAAGACACCAAAAAAGAGUCCGCCGAAGAAGAUGAAAACGUUGACGAGCCUGAGUCUGAUGCUCCAUACAAGAUGGAGGGAUUAGAGACAACAGAGCGUGAGCGACGAAACCAGGAAAGAUUAUCCAAAAUGAUUCGAGGCAAAGCAAAUACUCCGAGCAAAUCCCAUAAUGAUAGCUCCAAGAAACGAAAGGCAACAGAUAUGGAUCGCGAUAUUAUAUCUCUAGAUACUGAAAAGAAUGAUGCACCUGCGAAACCUAAGAAAAAGAAAAACAAGAACAAGAAAAAGAAGAAUUGA